AUGGAGUCAGAUACCAAGGUUUUGGAAUAUGAAACAUUUUUAAAUGAACGAUUGCGGGAAGAUUUGAGAAAGAUACUGGAGGACAGAGAUGAGCUGUAUGAAGAAGUUUCCGAAUACUUUCAGCUGAAAAGCACAAUUCAGAAAAUACAGGAAGACAUCACACCAACAUCAGAGCUGAAGACUAAAGUUGAUUUAGGAUGUAACUUCUACGUUCAGGCAAAUGUACCAAACCCGUCCAGGAUAAACAUUGCUAUUGGUUAUGGCUUCUUCCUGGAGAUGUCUCUGCCUGAAGCUUUAAAAUUCAUCGACAUGAAAACCCAGCAGCUUCAGGAUCGAACGGCACAGCUGACCAAGGAUGCAUGCAAGGUUAAAGGACAUAUUAGAUUAGUUCUAGAGGGUCUUCGGGAGCUACAAAACAUUCCAUCUGAAUCUGUCAAGCCACACAGAGAUGUUUUAUCCUGA